UAAACCUGGCAUAAACACGUAACUGAUAGAACGUGAGUUAUUUUAUUGAAUUUUGCACGUAUUUCGAUCAAACAUGGUUCAUAAAACUGAAGAAGAAUGUGACGAUUUAUUUGUAAAAUCAGGAAAGGAGAAGCCAGAAACAUUUGAGAGGGAACAAGCUGAAUAUAAAGAUCUUUCAAAAAAAUUUAUAAAUACGAAAAGUGAUUAUUCUAAACAAUUUUCACACAUAUACUCUGUUAGACUGGCUGAAUUGAGAGAAGCUUUAAUUCCGCGUGUUAAAGCUAAAUGGGAAAGUGUUCCAAUUGUCAAAUUGGCCGAUUUAGAAAAAUUAGAAAAUCAACAGUGUAUAAUAAUUGGUACGCUGUAUAAACAUCAACAAUGGAAACCAUCAAUUUUAAGAGAACUCAGUGAAGAACAUCAGCUUAGUGCUUCCUGUUCUAAACCAAAUUACUGUUCAGAAAAGGAUCAACCAUAUCUAGAAGAUGAAAUGUUACGUAUCAAAUUGGUUGGCGAACAAGUUGACAUAAAGCAAAUUAUUACUGGGGUUGUUUGUGCUGUAUUAGGCAAUGAAAAUAAUGAUGGAACAUUCAUGGUAAAAGAUUGGUGUUUUCCUGGAUGUGCACCAAAAGAAUCUUUAAAAGAAUAUACAUCACAAAGAAAGCUGGUACUAGUGUCUGGAUUAAAUUUGUCUAAUAAUUGUGAAAGUUUGGGAAUGUCUCUUUUUGUAGAAUGGUUGUGUGGAAUGGCUGGUAAUACAACAAUACAAAAAGAUAAUACUUUCAUUGUCCGUCUCAUUAUAGCAGGUAAUACUAUAAAAAACAAUGAUACAUCUCAGACAUCAACAAACACAAGUAAAGAACUUGGAGAGGUAAUAAAAUUUGUGGACAUGUUCCUAAGUAACUUGGGAAUGUGUUGUUCUGUUACCUUAAUGCCUGGAGAACAUGACCCCAGUAAUGCCAUGUUGCCUCAAAGACCAUUUCAUCCUUGUCUAUUACCUAAAUCAUCUAGACUUGAAAGCUUUAAAAGUACUACAAAUCCAUGGAUUGGUAAAAUUGAAGGACGAGUAAUAAUUGGCUCUAGUGGUCAAUCAAUUCAAGAUAUUGUUAAAGUAACAGGCGAAACUGAUAUUUCACCACUCGAAUGGCUAGAAAAAUCCUUGUUAUGGAGGCACAUUUGUCCAACUGCUCCAGAUACACUGUUAGUUUGCCCAUACUAUGAAAAAGAUUUAUUUAUUAUGGAAACAUGUCCAGAUAUAUAUUUUGUAGGAAAUACAGACAAAUUUGAAACAAAAUUGUGGAAAGGCGAUGAAAAUCAGAUCGUUAGAUUAAUAUCUGUUCCACGUUUUGAUAUGACUCAGACUGCUGUGAUAGUGAAUUUGGACAAUUUAGAUACUCAGUAUAUUUCCUUUAGUAAUAUUUAAAUGAAUCUAUCUUUCUGCAAGGAUAUUAAGUAUUUCUUAUACAACGCUAUAUUUUUUCACCGUAAUUUGAUAUAAAUUUUAUAUGAAUAUAUGUGUAAGAUUUGUUAAAA